UGCAUGGUGGUCAAGCUAAGUUAGAGAGCGGCUAGAUCUGCGCCCUUUUAGUCUGUGCAGCGCACACUGACAGCGAGGCUUUGCAGAAGUGAACACGAUGGUUUCCACCGGCGUCGUGAAGCCUCUGCAGCCAAGGAUCCUGCCGAAAAGUUUCUCACAGCUCGGUUCGAAGGAAAUGGGAGAGCGGUUGACUGAGGAGAGGGCUGUAGAAGUAGACCUGCGCAAGCCAGAAAGCAGUGCAGCCUUCUCAAAGAAGUGCAGUCCAGUGACACUGAGGCAAGGUCGUUUGCAUUGUUUAGAUUGAGAGCAGGUUUGAACAGCAUGGUGCCCACCAAGGGGCGAGCACUCAGCGCGGGGCUCGCAGCUUAUGUGUUGGAACAGGGCGUGCUGGAUGCAGUCAGGAAGAUUCUGAAAGCAGCGCAGACAGAAGGCGACUUUUACGUACUCCCCAAGAUCAGGAGUCAGGAUGAACUGAAUCGUACAAAAUACUUUGUGGUCUCAAAAGUGGACAUCUGCUUUGGGUUGCUUCAUGUCCUCAUCUUGGACACUCGAACGGCACGUUUCGUCCUGAAGGGCAUCCCUGACCUCAUUCGGUUUCUUGAAGGAGCCUACUAUUCCUUGCCAGCGGUCUCUCCCGUCAGAGACUCAGAUUUCGUGCUGGGGUCUGCUUACCUGGAGGGCGUAAGGGAUGACGACAGGUUGUCCAGUCUUGAAGUGCUGGUUUCCCUGGCUAGCUAUUCUGAUCGAGCUAAGGAAAAUCUAUGCAGUCGGAAGGUCCUUCUUCAUCGGAUUCUGCGGGACUGCAUGACUGAGAGAGAUUUUUUCAGCCGAGUACUGGAAUGCACUCUUCACUGCUUCAGCAACCUUUCUACCACGUGCGAUCUCUCAGAGUACCUGAGUGAAAUCAUUGGGGUCGUGUUGAAGACUCUGGCGGAGACUCAGACCGCAGGGCUGAUCUUCAUGGCAAUCCAUCUUUUUGCUUCAAUAGUGCAGCACGGUCAAGUAGAGGCAGUAGUAUGUAAGCUUCAUGAACUCGCAGGCAGUGGAAGAGUAGAGCACCUCUUCCCGGCCCUCUUCGCAUUAGCAGCCUGCCCGGCUCUUGACGGGAAGACCAAGCUUCAAGUCUCUACAUUGCUGGGCUCUCUGAAUAAGCACUUCAAUAGGACAAUUCUCGAGGAGCGGCCAACCGAGCCUUUGACACCGACACAGCAAGAGAAGUUGGAGAAGCUGGUACGCUCGUUACCUGGCGCGAUGGUGAGAAGGGAACAGCUGCGUGAAAUUUUUGCAGCUCACGAGAGCGAAACGUCCUCACAGGAAGCUGCAUCUCCGAGUUCUGGAACUCAAAGUAGUCUCUUUCAGAAAACCAUUGACACUCCGCUUGACUCCGUUCCGGACAAGGCCCAUGUGUCAUACAUACCAGCGGGGGACCUCGAUGCACACAAUAGGCCCUGCAGAAAGUGUUCUCGCGCAAGCUGCUCAAAUGUGGAGUCAACUUCAUGCGAGUUCAAGGUGUGCAGUGGGUGCCGUCUGACGAUCUAUUGCUCCAGAGAGUGCCAGAAGAUUGCCUAGAAGGAAGGCCACAAGUCGCGCUGCCGAGCAGGCGCGGGCGAAAAGCGCCCGAAAGCUGAGGAGGAGGUCUCAAAGUAAUGUCAGAAGGUUUCAUGCAGCCAACAUUUUCCAACACAGAUAGUCCGUUCGUGAGGUUUAGGAGCCUCCGCGGGGCAGCCAUUUGUCUCUUAGAAUGUUGUUCAUAUUAUUGAUAUAGCUGGAUAAUAUGAACGGACUCUGGUACAUGCAACUGAUUGCUGCGUUUAUAAACCACCCUAAGCAGUUUUGCGGCACAGAUUGAUGAAGGCUGAAUGUCCCUAAGUUAGCCUAGCGAUCUGACGCCUUUAUUGAAGUCCAU